GGAGUAGUCUCAAAUACAAGAUUGACUGCUGCUGCUACUUCUGUAUUAAAGACUAGAUUUUCUUAUGCCUUUCCAAAGGAAUUUCCUUAGGGGAUGAACCAUAUACUAGAAUGUGAAUUCUAUCUUUUAGAACUAAUGGAUUGUAGCUUGAUAGUGUAUCAUUCUCAUAGACCUUUGCUCCAGUAUGUGCAGAACAUGGGCCAAGAGGACAUGUUGCUUCCCCUUGCAUGGAGGAUAGUGAAUGACACCUACGGUAUCAUUCUACCUACUAGUGAAUGAUACCUACUGUAUCCUUCUUUCACGAUAGCCUUAGCUUGCCUACAUGUGGCCUGUUUUGUACAGCAGAAAGAUGCCAGGCAGUGGUUUGCUGAGCCUUCUGUGGAUAUGGAGAAGAUUUUGGAAAUAAUCAGUGUAAUUUUAAAACUAUAUGAACAGUGCAAGAAUUUUGAUGAGAGAAAAGAGAUGGCAACUAUUCUUAGUAAGAUGCCAAAACCGAAACCUCCUCCAAACAGUGAAGGAGAGCAGGGUCCAAAUGGAAGUCAGAACUCUAGCUACAGCCAAUCUUAA